AGGUACCUAGGUAUAUAGUGUCAGGCAUCGUGGAGGUACCUAGGUAGUCUAACAAAUCCUCCAAGUGUUAUCUUGUCCUAUAUUUAUCGAUAUUUCUACCCAAGCGGCACAACCUGGAUCAACUGCAAACUGUGGCCCGAAACCCACCCCCCUCCCCCAAAGCCCGUGACUCAGAAAUAUCUUGACGUCCGUCUUUCAUUUUAAUCUUUCCUUUCUCGCCAUUGCCAAUCGAGGCCGUCACGACAACCUGUCCCCAAUUGCCCAUCCCCCGCUGUGACUUGUCGGUGCCACCCAACACCAACUCGCCCUCUUUUCUCGUAUCCCCUCUCUUCCGCUCCUCCAGGCCCCGUCUUCAACCCCCCGGCCUACCAACAGCGCGACCAUUAGAGUCAAACCUGACAGUAUUACUGCCAUGGAGGACACCAAGCCCGCCGAGCAGUCCAAGAGUGCCUUGAAGAAGGCUGAGAAAGAGGCUAAAAAGGCCGCUGAGAAGGCCGCAAAGGCCGCCGCCAAGGCAACGUUGCCGGUUGUCGGCGGGAAGAAGACAGACGAUAUUAUCGGCAUCACGGUCUCCAAGACGGAGAACUUCGCACAAUGGUAUCAAGAGGUCGUGCUCAAGGCCGAGUUGGUCGAGUACUACACCGAAAUCUCGGGCUUCUACAUCAUGCGCCCCGCCACCAUGUAUAUCUGGAACGUCAUCCGCAAAUGGUUCACCGAGCGCAUAGACGCCAUGGGUGUUGAAGAGACCAAUUUUCCCAUGUUCCUGUCGCAGAAGUCACUGGAGAAGGAGAAGGACCACGUCGAGGGUUUCGCUCCCGAAUUGGCAUGGGUAACUAAAGCUGGUGACAAGAACCUCGAGGUUCCCGUCGCCGUCCGCCCGACCUCCGAAGCCGUCAUGUAUCCCUACUACGCCAAGUGGAUUCGCAGCCAUCGAGAUCUCCCUUUCCGACUAAACCAGUGGAACUCAGUCGUCAGGUGGGAGGCAAAGCAGACCACCCCCUUUCUGCGGGCGAGGGAGUUCCUGUGGCAGGAGGGCCACACGGCGCACCUCACGGAGGAGCUAGCCGGCGAGGAAGUACUGCAGAUCCUCGAGUACUAUGCCGGCGUGUACGAGCAGCUCCUCGCCGUCCCCGUCGUGCGCGGUAAAAAGACGGAGAACGAGAAGUUCGCCGGUGGUUACUACACCACCACCGUCGAGGGCUACAUCCCCUCCAACGGUCGCGGCAUCCAGGGCGCCACCUCGCACUGCCUCGGCCAGAACUUCAGCAAGAUGUUCGACAUCACCGUUGAGGACCCGAACGAACAGGGUAAGCACAUCAAUGUGUGGCAAAAUUCGUGGGGACUCUCGACCCGCGCCAUCGGCGUCAUGGUCAUGGUCCACGGCGAUGACAAGGGCCUAGUCCUGCCGCCGCAGAUCGCCAAGAUCCAGGCGAUCUUAAUCCCUGUCGGCAUCACCAAGAAUACGACGACUGAGGACAAGGCGACCCACCAAGCGCGAUUCGCUGAGGUCAAGGCGACGCUCAAGACAGCAGGCGUGCGUGUGGAAGAUGACCAGCGCGAAGGCUACACGCCGGCCUGGAAGUUCAACGACUGGGAGCUCAAGGGGGUGCCGCUGCGGCUGGAGCUGGGGCCUAAGGACGUAGCUAAAGGGGUGGUGAGCUUUGCGCGGCGAGACUCGGGCGAGAAGGGGACAAUCCCGGUGGAGGAGCUGGCGGCGCGCGUACCGGCGCUACUCGAAACCAUCCAGGCCGAUAUGUACAGCCGGGCGGAGAAGGCGUACCGCGAGCAUCGGGUAGUAGUGCAGGCGUGGGACGCGGUAGUGCCAGCACUCGAUGCGCGCAACGUCGUGAUUAUCCCCUUCUGCCUUGACGGCAAGUGCGAGGACCGCAUCAAGGAGCUGACCACCGGCCGCGCCGACGAGGACCCCAGCGUCCCCGAGGCCCAGCGGCUCCCCUCCAUGGGCAUGAAGAGCUUGUGCAUCCCCUUCGAGCAGCCCGACGGCCUCGUCCACGGUGAGACCCGCUGCCUUAACCCCGAGUGCGAGCGCCUCGCCGAGAAGUUCGUCAUGUUCGGCCGGAGCUACUAAGCCCCCUACACUCCACGCAGAGAAGCUAGAAAUGCUUCUCCUCCCUAUGUUUUCCCCUUCCCCCUUUUUGCUACGAAAUGACGGUUUGAGCCCGGUCGCCGGGCGAUUGCUUUUGCGUGGGGGACAUGGGCUAGGUAGUUUGCCUAGAUAGGCGUAGGCGGGCGUAGAGACGUAGAGAGGUAGGGCGGGCCUUGAGGUAGUAGUAUCAAGGGGGAGGGGCGGAGAUCACGCAUAAUCCACCCACUACUCCCUAGAGGCCUGCAAAUGUGAGAAAUAUAAAAAAGAAAUUAUAAUCUGA